AAAAGAAAAAGAAAAAAGAAACCCAUCCUAAAGGCGAUGAAUUGGGUUGUAAAGUUGGCUUGGCCUCGAGCUUUUGUUGGAACUAAAAUCCAAUUUUUCAGAGUGAGCAAAUCUCGGAGACGGGUUUUAGAUUUACAUGGAAACCAAACCAAACCCACAUGAGUAAAUUGCAGUGGGGAUGGAUCAUACGACUCAUUUUUCACCAUCACAGUCGGUCUACCCAUGAAAUCAGGAGAGUGGAGCGAGGAUUUGGGCGACUUAAUCGAUUUCUCGCUCUCUUAUGUAUUAUUCUAAAUCUCUUUUUCCUAUUUUCAAAUCUUCCCCCUUCUUCUUCGACUGAUUUGAUUUGAUUUGAUUUGAUUUUUUCUUCCAGACAUGUAACUGGAUUUCAGAACAAUCUAACUCUUUCGAAUCUUUUUGUUGUUCUUGCCUUGUUUGCUUCAUUUCGCUCUUUGAAAUUCGUGUUGAUUUUUGUACAUCUGGUUCUUGUUUGUUCAGAAUCCUUCAUGCUUUGUGAAGUGGAUUACAGAGCUAGGGUUUUAGUUUUAGUACUGAGAAAGCUGAAACUAGGGUGGGAGUAUUAGAAUCUUGGGUUUUUGUUUUGAAUCAUAGAUGGAAGAUGAUAGGAAUGGGCGAAGAAGAGCAAAAACGGAGGUGUUUUAAUCAUAGAUUUGGGAGUUUUGGGACAAUUGGUGGUAUUAGUGGUAGAUCUUCUUCUAAGAAACUAAAGCCAAAGCCUAGGAAAGUUCCUCAAAGAGGGCUUGGUGUUGCACAGCUUGAGAGGAUUAGAUUAGAAGAACAGCAGAAGAAUGGUGCUGGUGCUGGUGCUGCUAUUUUUUCAUCUCCUUCUCCAUUAUCACCAACGAAAUCCUCCUCUUAUAUGUCCUUACCAAUCCCCAGUUUUCGCCAAUCCAAUCGUUCUUCAUCUUCGUCUUCGUCUUCGUUCCUCUCGCUCCCUCCAGUGAGUCUCUCCUCUUCCACCUUAAUGUUUGGACCUCCUCUGCCUGUUCUUAACAUGGCUGUUAAAGAUUCUUUCACUGUUCCAUUGGUGGAUCAAGCAAAUAGUGGUGGAUCUGAAACUGGGUUGUCUGCAGUUUCUAUUUUGGAGCAGGGAAAUGCUCUCAAAUGGCAUAGCUCUUGUUUAUACUCUCUUGAGAAGGAGAAUUGUGGGUUCCAUCCCGGUCAGGCGUUUCGUUCGAAUUUCGAUUUCCCUUAUGAAGUUAGCCCUCCCUGGCCUUCCCCCGAACUCCUUCAAAGAGUUCAGCAGAAUCAUUCACCUUCUCCAAUGGUGAAUGUGUCUUCAACAACUUCACAGUCUUCUGGCCUUAAUACCCAGAUAGAGCCCCCUUCAAACCAAAGCUAUUGUUAUGGCAACUACUCAACCAUCUGGGCAGACAAGGAAGAGAAGUUACAGAUGGUUGGCACAAACAGAUUGUCUCUCUUUAAUCCAAACAAUCCAACCGAUCCGACUUUCAAUUACAACCACUAUUCCUUAGCUAUUCCAAAUAGAUCAAAUGAUUCUACUUCGCACGGCAGUGGAAGUGCACCGAGUUGUCGAGAGGUUCAUACACCGAGUUCCUUGGAAAACAACAAAGAAGAUGACGACUUAAAAGGAAACUUCCUUAGCCUUGCUUGGACAUCAUGUCCAAGCUCGAACAAUGUCAACUGCCCUCGAACUUAUCCACUUCUGCAGAACCAUAUGCAUUCCGAUUCAGAACCGCAUCCUUUUCAGGGAGGAGGGAGACGUGGCAGGUUGACGGGAAAGCAGCCAUUCUACAGCUUCCUUCCACCUGCAGAGGCAAGAACGAGGAGAGAGAGCGAGAUGGCGGUGAACAACAACAAGUUCAAGGGGGAAGCGGGAGAAAGAGUUGAUCUAGAUUUGAAGCUGUAGAAGGUAGAGAGGCUAAUGCUUUGUUGUUGGUACCAAAAGUGGCUGGUGUUCAUAUCAUAUCUUAGAAAUCAAUUGCUACAAAACCUGUAUGUUACUCUCUUACAACUUCUGGUUUUUGGUUAAAUUAUGCAAAAUUUAUGUUAGGAAAUCCAAAUCUUAGCCUGAAGUUGGUUCUUCU